CACACACCUUCUAUCUGUCUCAUGGCCUCGGAGUGCAGAAGGUCAGAGAGCCGUUUCUCCAUUCCUGACUCCAAGUAGCAGCUCAACACCAACUCCAGCAUGUGGGAGGAAAACUUUGACACAGAGAAUCAUGGAGUGGGCAGGAAGAGAGAUUAUUCCCCAGUGUCAUGGAGCGAAUACUUUGAGAUGAUGGAUGACGUUGUGGUGGGAUCAGCAGAAACCAAGGAUGUGUUUCGUGUGUAUAAGAGCGGACAGGACGGUCCACUGCUGGUUCUGCUGCAUGGAGGAGGACAUUCGGCCCUGUCCUGGGCCGUCUUCACUGCAGCCAUGACAAGUAGGGUCACCUGUCGGGUUCUGGCCAUGGAUCUACGAGGGCAUGGUGCUACUCAGGUCCGGCAUGCUGACGAUCUUUCCACCCAGACUAUGUCCAGAGACGUAGCCAAUGUGGUGAGAGCUACAUACGGCGAAGUCCCGCCCCCUAUCAUCCUGGUUGGUCACAGUAUGGGUGGAGCCAUAGCCGUGCACGCAGCUAGCGGCACUCUGCUGCCCUCUGUGGUAGGCCUGGUUGUUAUCGACGUCGUCGAGGGGAGUGCCAUGGAUAUGCUUCAUAGCAUGCAGAACUUCCUGAAAGGACGACCUCGAUCCUUCAAAUCCAUCGAUCACGCCAUCGAAUGGAGUGUUAAAAGUGGGCAGAUUAGAAACCUAGAAUCGGCCAAAGUCUCAAUGGUGGGCCAAGUGAGGAGGUGUGAGGCUGAGGACGGAGACUCGGCUGAGCAGGUGAGCCCAGUGACCGAGAGCGUUGCUGAGGGGCACGAGGAGUUUUACGACCUGAACUACGUCACUGACAAAGCUGAGAGCAUGGCAUCGGAGCCCUCCAGCGUGUACAGUUGGAGGAUUGACUUGUCUAAAGCGGAGAAGUAUUGGGACGGCUGGUUCAGAGGAAUCUCCAACCUGUUCCUGAGCUGUAACGUCCCCAAACUGCUGCUGCUCGCAGGUAUCGAUCGACUAGACAGAGACUUAACCAUCGGCCAAAUGCAAGGUAAAUUCAUGAUGCAGGUGCUGCCACCUUGUGGUCAUGCCGUGCAUGAGGACACACCUGACAAGGUGGCUGAUGCUCUGGCUAGUUUCAUGACCAGACACAAGUUUGCUGAGGCUCGCAGCGAAACCAAGAGCUCCUCGUACCCUUUCAUGCGGUGAACUCCAGCAGAGCGUAACAGUUCCAGGCCAAACACCUCACACCAGUCUUCUUCAAAUCGGCUUAAUGAUCGUGACUUUCGGGUUGUUUUUCCAUGUGCCAGUCUUUUCUGUAAUGCUUCUUCCUCUGUGUGUGUGUGUGUGUGUAAAGGCAGUGUAGUGAAUCAGCAUGUCUUAAUUAAUGUAAUGGCAUGUCAGUUGGAAUAAAAAGCUUUUCUGGGGGAAAAAAAACAAUAAUAUUUAUUCAUUUUCAUUUCACAGUCUGACCUACAUGUAACAUGUUGACCACUAGAGGGCAGUAGCUG